AUGAAUAAUUUCACUAAACCUACGCAGAGCACUGUCGUCGUCCUAUCAGCCAUCGUAGCCUGUGCCUAUGCCGGGGGACUCCUAGGUGGCUACGGCCUCGGUGGUCUCGGAUACGGAGGAUAUAAUCUUGGUUAUGGCGGCUAUGGCCUUGGAUACGGCGGAGGCUUCGGCGGAGGCUACGGCGGAGGCUACGGCGGGGGCUAUGGCGGAGGCUACGGUGGAGGCUACGGCGUUGGCGGCGUAGGCAUCGGCAGCAGUGUUGCUCUUCUUAGUGGAGGUCCUCCCUUCGCCAAAGCCGUGGCCGGACCAGCCUUUGUGAUAAGGACGGUUCAUCACGUGAACAAAGUGAACGGUGGAGGAGCCGUUCUCGCUCACUCUGGCCUUGGUGGCGGUUAUGGAGGCGGCUAUGGAUAUGGCCGUGGUUACGGGUACGGAGGUGGCUACGGCUAUGGUGGAGGCUACGGUGGCUAUGGUUACAAGACCACCGGGGAGGAGGUAUCUCCUGCUAGUGCCUCGGGACCUGGCUUCCACCCUCAACUGCCAAUUCAGAAGUCCUGCCCGCAGGGGGACCAACGGCAACACCCGUCGCUGCCCCUGAAGCACCGGCGACCUCGCAGGCGGCAGGCAUUGCCAGUUGUGCGGUGCGUGUGGGGCUGGUGUCAAGGCCGGCGCCACUCGCGAGGCCAGCCCUCAGCGCGGCUGGCCUCAGGCAGCACCCGGCGUUGCCCCACCGGGCCCGCCAACACCGGUUCCCAGGCCAAGUAA